AUGGACUCCGAGAGCCUCCUGCUGUCGCUGGAGCUGGCGUCCGGCAGCGGCCAGGGCCUCAGCCCCGACCGCCGGGCCUCCCUGCUCACGUCCCUCAUGCUGGUUAAGCGCGACUACCGCUACGAGCGGGUCCUCUUCUGGGGCCGCAUCCUCGGCCUCGUCGGCGAUUACUACAUCGCGCAGGGCCUGAGCGAGGACCAGCUCGCCCCGCGCAAGACCCUCUACAGCCUGAACUGCAUAGAAUGGAGCCUCCUGCCCCCUGCCACCGAGGAGAUGCUGCUGCAGACAUCGAUGGUGAACGGGCGCUUCAUGGGGGACCCCAGUCAUGAGUACGAACACACGGAGCUGCAGAAGGUGACCGAGGCCGACAAGGCCUUUGAAGAAGAAGUGGUGGUUCAGGUCAAGGAGGAGACCCGCCUAGUGUCCGUCGUGGACCAGAUCGACAAGGCUGUGGCCAUGGUCCCCCGGGGCGCCCUGUUCAAAACCCCCUUGGGACCCACCCACGUCAAUCGGACCUUUGAAGGGCUGUCCUUGUCUGAGGCCAAGAAGCUUGGUUCUUAUUUUCACUUCAAGGAAGCAACUGAGCUGAAGAAUAAGACCUUGCUUGAGAAGGCUGACUUGGACCCCUCCUUGGACUUCAUGGACUCCUUGGAGUAUGAUAUCCCCAAAGGUUCCUGGAGCAUCCAGAUGGAGCGGGGCAAUGCCCUGGUGGUGCUGCGCAGCCUGCUCUGGCCGGGCCUCACCUUCUUCCACGCCCCCUACACCAAGAACUACGGCUACAUCUACGUGGGCACCGGGGAGAAGAACAUAGACCUGCCCUUCAUGUUGUAGGGUGGGGGUCGCCCAGGGAGCGUGAUGUCGAGUGUAAAUGCGAUUUCA